AUGAAUAAAACUCGAAAAUAGUAGAGUCAAUAAAAGUUAAAACUAUCCUUUAUUUCUAAUAAGAAAAGAGAGUUUAAUUUCAAAAUAUAAGAAAAAAUAUAUUCAAAAGCCUUAAAACCUAUUGUUUUCUAGGUCAAACCUUCCUCUCUAAAAAAUUUAGAUUUAGCCACUACAUUAAAGUAAUCAAAAAUUUCACUGUAUAUAUAGUUCUGAAUUACUAUUGAAUGAAUCCUUUCAAGAUAAUAGAAGUUGUUGUUGUUUGGAAUGUGGAACAGAUAAUAAGAAGACUAAACAUUUAUAAAAAAAGUUUAUAAUCUUCUCAACCAAAAUGUCAGUACUUAGAAAACAGAGAUUAUCAAAGAGAUUACAAAAUGGAGUUUUCUGCAUAAUGUAUCUUUUGAGAAAGUGGAAAAAAAUUAGAUAAUAAGAAAGAGCAAAAAGAUUAUUUAGGUUUAAAACUAAAGUCUUUGAAAACUAACCUUUUAUUCCUGGACAAUCACAUCAUAAUGUUAAUCCAAUAACAUAAGGAAAAUCUUCAAUUCCAGAUGAUGAUAAAGUAAACUUUAAUUAAUAAACCUAAUCUAUAUAAGCUUAAAUUAUAGAUUAGAAACAUAAAUAGAGAUUAUCAGUAAAACUCUACCUAUAAAAAAAAUUAAAUAACAGCAAAGCAUAAUCCUAAAGCACAUUACCAAUCAUCCCUUACAGCAAAUAUCAUAAUUUACUUUAACCUAUGAGGAUUCUGAAAACUUUAGGAGAUGAAUAAAAUUCUUCAAAAAAAGAGUAUAAUUUAGUUAAUUAUAACUCUUCUUUGAUUAAUUCUCCUUAUCUUUGUUAAUUUAAUGGAUAAAAAGGAUAAGAAUAAGGUCUUUCUUAAGUAAAAUCAGCUAGAUCUGUAACUAAGAGUAUAUCAUCUGAAACUUUCUUUCCUUAUAAAUAAAAUAUAAAUAAAUUUAGAUAAAACAUUGUCAAGAAGAUGAAGAAUAUAGUUUGA